AUGCCCGCUUUCCGCCCCUCCCCCGCCGCUCUACGAAGCUUGCGCCGCUGCUACUCUACUUCACCAGCUGCACCUCCGACAUCGCCAUUCGCGCCGCGCCAUCUCCUGUCCAUAGCAGAUCUCACGCCCGCCGAGCUGACUACACUCGUCCAAAAUGCGCACCAACACAAGACGGCCAUCAAGCAGACGGGAGAGGUGCCGCAUUCGAUGCGCGGGGCACUCGCAGGCAAGACCGUCGCAAUGACCUUCAGCAAACGGAGUACCCGCACAAGGGUGUCGACCGAAGGCGCCAUCGCGGCUUUUGGAGGCUCACCCAUGUUCCUAGGCAAGGACGACAUACAGCUGGGUGUCAACGAAUCCCUCUACGACACUUCGCUCGUCCUCUCCAGCAUGACCGCCGCAAUCGUAGCCCGCGUAGGUCCUCACUCUGACGUCGCCGACCUCGCCAAGCACUCGAGCGUCCCCGUCAUAAACGCCCUCUCCGACCUCUACCACCCCCUCCAGAUCAUCGCCGACUUGCUGACCAUGGCCGAAAUAUACCCUUCCACAUCCUCUACCUCUCUCGGCCUAGAGGGUCUGAAGAUUGCAUGGAUAGGAGAUGCGAACAAUGUCCUUUUUGAUCUAGCCAUUGGUGCAACAAAGCUAGGCAUCGAUAUCGCCGUCGCAACCCCCGCUGGCUACGAGAUUCCCAAGGCCAUGCGUGAAGUCAUCUCCCAUGCCGCGCAAACGUCUCCCCACCCAGGCAAACUCUUCGAAACCAACACGCCCGAAGAAGCCAUCAAGAAUGCAGAUAUCCUCGUGACAGACACUUGGGUAUCCAUGGGCCAGGAAGAGGAGACUGCCAAGCGCCUCAAAGCCUUCUCCGGCUUCCAGAUCACCUCUGAACUGGCGAAACGUGGCGGCGCCAAGGACAACUGGAGCUUCAUGCAUUGCCUACCCAGGCAUCCCGAGGAGGUUGCUGAUGAGGUCUUUUACGGGCCGAGGAGUGUCGUGUUCAAGGAGGCAGAGAACAGGUUAUGGGCAGCCAUUUCUGCGCUGGAAGCCUUCGUUGUGAACAAGGGAAACAUUCAGUGA